UAAUACAUUAACUGCUUUGUGUAAUAUCGGCAUGAAUGGUAUGAACUCAACACUAACCAUAAAAUAGGGAUUAGGUUGAUUUAUUAAAUAAUGAUUUAUUAAAUAAUGAUUUAUUAUAAAAGGAACAAAAUGUUUAAUAAUCUUUAAUUUAAUUAUAAUGAUAGCUAACUAUGUCUGUCUGCCUGCAUGUUUGUGACUUUUGCAAAAAAUUUGUUUGUCAAUAAAUUAGCUGGUUAUUGGUGCUAACACAUUGAUUUAACAUUAAUAUGAUAAUCAUGAUUAGCGAAGCCAUUGCAAUGCAUGUUCAAGUUCAAAGCUGAAUAACUUGGAAAUGGAUGGAAAUAACUGACACUAUCUCCUCCAUGGAUAACUAGGGCUGGGUCAACCCACCCAUUUUGAAAUAGACAGGUUUGUCAUUUUAUCCAAAAAAUCUUAAACCUAGAUAUCUCUGUGGUUGUUCAAAAAGACUUGAUCAGUAUUUUAAGAUCUACACAAUAGAGCCAACAGGGAAGAUGUUGUGGCUAACCCUGUGCAGCAGCAUCAUAGUAUUUUAACAAGGUGGCUUGAAGAAAGAAGAGCAAGAGGAGCUGAAACUGUUUCUUUGGCUCAAUUUAUUGAGGCAAUCACAAACAAGGGUAUCUCUAAAGAUGAUGCAAAAGAGAUAUUUCAACAGUUUGAUGCAACUGAUGAUGGUGUUAUCGAUUUGGAUUACUUGCAUGAGAUGCUGGAUCUUUCAAAUAGAUCUAUUUCUGGUUUCUCAGGGGUUCGAUCUGAUCUGCAAGCAGUUAACAAGUUAUUACAAGAUUGUGUGAUUGCUCCAGGCUUUAUUGAUGCCUUUACAACUGGUAAAACAAUUCAGAACAACCAUGGUCAGAAAAUCUUUAAGUUUUUAUCACAAAAUAGAGCAUUGAGCACAUCAAUGCCUCUACCAUCAUUACAAGGAUUUAUCACGUCAACAGAUAUGCGUCUGAAAGUUCUCAACACUCAUCUAUCUGCAUUAAAAGAGCGAGCAGACAGUAAAAAAAGAGAGCCACCUCUUCAAGCAGAUGAAAUUUUGAAACCAAUUAAUCGUUGUUUUACAUCAGUAGAAGUGUCUAGCAAUAGAAAUGAUGCUUCAAAGUUAAUUGAUAAUGAGAGUGGGACAUAUUGGCAAUCUGACGGUGCAGCUCGAUCACAUUGGGUUAGGCUUACAAUCCCGUCCAACGUAGUCAUUAAGCAACUGUCCAUGUAUGUUGUUUCGUCGGAUCAAAGCUACAUGCCUCAUCACGUUGUUGUGUAUGGUGGCCGAAACGAAUCAAACUUACGAGAACUCAAUGAUGUUCAUAUCCCCAAUCACAUCACUGGGGAUUUUACUUUAAUAGAAAACUUGAAAGUGCCUUUCGCAGUCAUACAGAUAUCGAUAAAGCGAUGUCAUAGUGAUGGAUGUGACACACGAAUACGACAGAUAAAAGCCGUAGGAUACAGGGUUGUAAAAUCAAAAGGUGUUAGUGUGAUGGACUCAACAGCAAUGUGGUACCUCUCUGUAUUGGCUUCAACUGCUCAAGCCACGUUACCAUUUGCACCACACCUACGUGAAACCAUUAUUGAACACACCAGGCUGUCACUGUCCCAUAUGGCACCGCUUUCACUGUCCUCGUCAUCAACUGAACGACCUGGUUUCUUAAGCAAUAAUGUCAUGGAACAGAUGGAGAACUUUUUGCACUCUAUUAUUUGCAUGGAGGGUGUACAACCACAUGCAGAUGAACUGAUAGUUCUGUUGGAAUUCGCUUUAACUCGUGGUGGUCUUGGAAGUAUAUUGGAUGUUCUAACACUUGUGUUAGAACAAAUAAACACUAACUUCAAAUGUGUUCCUUUAAUAAAUAAUCUGCUGGAAACAGAAGAAAAAGCCACACGUAAACAUGGUCAGAAGCUUUCAGUUGUUAUUCUGAGUUGUGAUGGUGGAUCCAAGGAUGCCAUGACUAACCCUUCGAAUGUCCUGUCAGAGAACUGGAAAACGGAUACUUAUCUAACAGCCACUGGCAAAACAAAAUGUAACAUGGCUUUUGGACUGAAGACAGGAAAUCUUAUCCAGUUAACGCGAGUUUUUAUGAAGUUAUCUAAAGGGGCAAUUGGACCAAAGUCUGGCUUGAUAUUCGUCUUUGAUUCCGAUAAUAUAAAGGAUGAGAGUGGUGAAACAUUAUUUCAACCUUUAGCGGAGUACGAUGAUUGGACUGAAAAUGACUUUAGACAACUUAAAGCAAGGACACCACACAAAGGUGAUUUGAAACCUACUGACCCAGUUGCGUUCUUUUCUGUGGAUAAAGAUUGGGCUGACGUGGAUGUUUGUGUAGACUACCUUAAGACAGGCAGCUGUGUGGCCAUCAAGUUUUUGGGUCCAAGACAGCCUUCAGCAGAAAGACUGGGGAUCAUUGGUAUCACUUUGUAUGGUUAUGAACAAAAUGAAGACAGUGUUUCUCUGCAAAAACAUUUGGAAUUUUGCCCUAGAGGUUUGCAAGACGAUAAAGAUGCCAUAGUUUCUGGUACAACACUGUUUUUGCAAACAUUGCAGUUUCUUCAGGUCAUGUGCAGAGAUGCGGCUCAAUUGAAAGGUUCAUCUUCAAAAGAUAGCAGUGUCCAGGAAAAGGAUACGACAGUUGAUGUUUCGGAUGUAAGCAUGGAACAAAUUUGGAACAUGCAUGGAUUAAUUUCUGCAAGUGAAAUGCCUGCUGAACAGUGUGGCAUUGCUUUGGAGUUGCUUUUGAGUUUAUUCCACAUAGCACUUCCGUGUCUACGACCUACAUCUCAAAAACAGCGCGAAAGUCGCAAAAUGUUGCUAAAGGGAAAGAGAUUGAAAGUUAAGGUGGAAAAAGAGGGAAAUGACUUUUCUUCAGAGGUUUUUAAAUCACUUUGUAACAUGGUCGAUCAAGUCACUACGCCAAAAGGAAUGCAUAGUUUAGCUAAAGCCAUUAUCCUGGAUGGAGCUGAAGUUUUUUUCCCAGACGCACAGUCAAGAAGAGCCCAUUUAUUGUCUCUAGUUGAUAAAGUUAUGGAAGAUGGAAAGGCUGUUUCCUUGUCAUAUACAUUUGAAUCCCUGUGUAGGUUUUUUAGUAAUAAAGAUGCCAGUGGACUGCUGGGCCUACCGGACAGCAUACCACAGGAAAGCUUUCAACCUGAGUCAGUGGUCCAUGUAAUGAAAACUUUAGUGUCUGUAGCUUACAGAGAAUGCACUUCACAAAUCAAAGAAGAAGUUAACUGUGAUAUGCCUUCAAAUUUGGUGUUGUUAUUGUGUGCAAUGCAAAAAAGUUUGCUAGCAUGGUGUCAGUUCCAAUGUUUGAACACCGAAGUGAAAGAUGUGGCAGUACAUAUACUUGUUCAAUAUAUCGACAUGAUUUGUGAUAAAUCCAAUGAGGCAUUGGGGUUGCUUGAGAAUUCAGAAGAAAAAGUAAAGCUUAUUGUUUUGUUAGAAUGUUCCUUCAUAUCAAUUGCAAUAAGACAGUUGGUUUUAUUCCUGAACUUAUUCUCCACCAUUGAUACUGACUGUAUUCCAUUACUGCGGCAUUUACAGCCCUUGGCGUUUAAACUUGGUAAAAUAUCUGCCGCACUACCGGAUAAGUUCUUGCAAGGUCAUACUUAUUCUCCUUCAUCGAAUCAAGAGAACACAAUACUAAGAGAAUGGGAAGUGGAAUCUGAACAUGAGUAUGAAAACAACAUGAAUAUUACCAAGGUUUUUAACUGUCCUGGAUGUACCAGCUUUUGUGUUGAGUUUGAUCCAAAAUGUCAAACGGAGAGACGCUAUGACUAUUUGGAGUUCACUGAUUCCUGUGGUCGUAAACGAAAGUUCGAUCGAAAUGUUGGGACAGAUAGUUGGCCAGCUGUUGUUAGUUUUGAAGGUCAGAGACUCCACUUCCUUUUUCAUUCAGAUGGAAGCAAUACUGAAUGGGGAUAUAAAUUCAAGGUUUCCGCACUAGGAAGCCCAGAUGUGGCAGUCAGUUGGAUAUUUGACCUUCAGUUAAAUAUUGCCAGAUGUUUUGGAAUUUUUUGCGGGAAUGCUUUGAACUUUAAAAAGGCUUUUGGUAUGAACCUAACAAAAUUUGAAGAGAAUGAAGACGAACGUGCUUUACUUCAUAGCGAGUUGUGGGGCUCCCUCUUUAGAGGUGGUUAUAUGGUUGGAAAAUUGGAACGAUCACUCUCUGGAUUUCAUGGAUGUAAUCCAUCUGAUUCCAGUGUUAACUCAUUCCUGUGCAGCAUGGCAGCUAGUGAGGAAGGUCCUAGCAAAGAGUUUCUGGCCAGGUGUCAGGUAUUACACGUUGGUCACAAAAUGGGUGGAGAAUUAUUUGAUGCGGCAGUUAAGGCCGUGUUUGCUUCCCUGUUGUGGCAUACUCAAGAGUUGCGAGACCAAAUUCCAAACUUUUUUGAUGAAAGUGCUUCUUCAAAAGACAUCCCACUCAGUAUCAUCAAUGCUUACAAUGCAGCAGAAAGUAUUAGAAGACCAUUACUUGAAUGCCGUCAAAAACUUCUUGUGCAAAAAGAAGAUGGUACAUCUGAGAACGCAAACAAACCUUGUGAUCCCGAUAGUCCAGUGACUUCUUGUCGUGAGAAAGCUCUCUUUUUGUUGAAAUUUGCUGGCUUGUCCAAGUUUAUGUCAAGGAAACAGUCUUGUCAUAAUCUUGAAAGGCGCGUAUCAACAUUAAACAGAGCCUCGCGUAUAACUCGACAAGAUAGUUACAAUGAGAAGCGAAGUAGUCACAACUAUGACGAGCAAACAGAGAAAUAUCCAUCAUUUCAACUUAUACUAGAUUUUAUCCUCAAUGAUUCAUUAUCACAUAAAAAAAUACAUGAACUAUUGCAGCAUCGACGGAAAUAUGCAAAAGCUGUGGAAAAUGUUUACACCUACGCAUCUGAAUAUAUCACAUACAUGACCGAGAAUGAGCUAUUGCAGAUACCAUGUAUCCUGUUCUUGCAAAGCAUGCUGGUAUCACAAGAUCAAUUUCCACCACAUUACGGUGACUAUCUCAACGGUUGUGGUUUGGAGUUAGAGAAUCGUGUAAGAAGAGCAUUCUAUGCCUUCAUUAGAAAGUUGUGCGAAUUACUUAGUGCAAAUAUGAGCAGUCAAAAAAGCUGUGUGACAUCACCAAUGUAUCUAUGCACACAAGCCUAUUUACUUCACUUUUUGGAUGUGGAAUGGAAAACAUAUGAUUACCAUUUUGUUUCUGAGCUCAACCUCCCAUACCUACUUAUUCACAGUGUAAAAGGUGCUUAUUUAACUCACAACGAGGAUGACGAGGAAGCUGAGCUAAAGAUGUAUGAAAGACAUAAGAAGUUCUUUAAUGAAGCCAAAAAUCAAAGCAUCGACGCAUGGUGCAACAAAAACAGGGAAGGAGCACCUGUUGAUAUUCAACGCGACAUCAACUUAUUUAUUGCUAGAUACUCUGCAGACCUGGAUGUUGUUAUAACGUGUGAUGGGUGUCAGGAGCAAAUACAAGGACGGCGCCAUCGUUGUCUGAACUGUAUAGAUAUGGACUUGUGUUCUAAAUGCUAUAAUUCAAAUGCUAAACCAGAUAAUCACACAGAACAACACCAAGUAAUCGAUCUCAGGUAUAACUGUGAUGGAUGUCGAGCUUUUAUUAUCGAAACACAUAUACAUUGUAAUGAAUGCCACGACUUUGACCUCUGUCUUGGAUGCUACCGCAGCAACACAUUUCCUGCAUGUCACAAUGCUAGCCAUACAGUUACAAGAUCACGUCUUAUACCGCGAGGUUCAUUUCCACUAAAACCAUCCCGUGGUACAGCCUUCCAAACAUACAUUCACUAUCACAGCUGGAUGCAGUUUUGUGCUUUGGCAUUAUCUCUUUCUGAAACCAUACAAAAUAGAAAAUCCAAAGAUGGCGAGCAAGAAUAUAUCAAAGAAGCAGGACAAUUGCUUUUGGACUGCAUGGAAAAGCUGGUGUCGUGUCUUUUGCAACCUCUGACAGAUCAGCUUGCUUCAGACACAAACACCACAAAGGUGGUAAACUCCAAGGUUAAAUUUGAGGACAUAGAACAAGUGAUUCGUGUUUCUGAGCUUGAUACUAAUUGUGAAGAAAACAAAGAAACAGUGUUAAACUUUCCAUCUGUUGAUGAAACACUUGCUCCUCCCGAGACGCAAAUAUCAGAACCUACUCUUGCUAAAGACGAUUCGUAUUUUGAUUUAAACUCUGAAGGUGCACAAAAGGAUGAAGAUGCAAACAAUAUAACCUCGUUGCCGGAUCUGGAAGAAGACAAUGCUGACGAAGUUGCGAAAACAGAAAGUGACAGAACUGAUUCAGUUAAGGACACCAUUGCUAGUGGUGCUGAAGACACCAAAAACUUGGAUGAUAAAUUGCUGAAUGAAGCUACUAAAAGCAAUGAAGAGCAAUCUGGUAAUGAUAUCCUAGAUUCAGCCAAUCCUGAUCCAACUAAAACAGGAAGUAGCAAUGACGAUGCCGAAAAAGUCGAGGAAACUGUUGAUGUUACAACUACCCCUCCCGGCACUGGUGUGUUGUUGCCUAUCUCAUCCUUAAUAUGGGCCGACUCUGUCACACUUGCGCCAGGAUAUGUAGAACAUCCUGAGGCUGUGAUAACUAAACCUGCAGAUGAUAAUAAAGAUGACAUGGAAGAAGACAAUGAAACGAAAGAAAAGGAGGAGACGGCUGAAGCUGCUAAGGAAGAAAAAAUAUCAUCAUUGCAGGAGAAGAUAUUAUCGCUAAUAGGUGCAAUCAUUCCUGUCAAUAAAUAUUCAACUGUUUUCCCAAGUAGUGUGGACUUCAAUUCUUUUGUGUCACAGAGACUCUUGCCUGUGUUGUUUACUAUCAUUCGAGACAAGGAAGCACCGCAAAAACUACGAAUGAUCACUUUAGGUGUAUUGUCAAAGGUGUUGCAUUGUUUUGGUCCAAAGAUAGCAGAUGAAGCCAUCCUGUUGCUAACUGAACAUAAAGAAGCUAAGGAAGACACGCGUUUAGGGUCUGUUAGUGCGAAAUUCCUGUUCGACCUUGGAGCAGAAUGCUUAAGAAAUGCUGAUUUGGACACUGCUUCUGGUGUGGAAAGUGUUUUGAAAUGUUUUUGGGGAGAUGAGACAUGGAGAAAAAGCGUAGCUGAACACGCAACAAAAAUGCUACAGUUUGCCAAAGACAGCCAGGAUCCAUCUUUAUCAUCGUUGUUUUCGUUGAUGUUUCUUGCUGGAUUUCCCGACAUUUUUCGUGUUGGUUUAACGACUGUUGUUAAGGAGAUUGGACACGAAACGAAGAACGUUGUCGUCCUUAAUUCUGCUGUCGAUGAUACGAAAAUUUCUGUGGUGAACUUUAAGAAUCGAAAGAUGUUUACAGUGAAAGAAUCUUUUAUCGAAGCAAAUGUUAGUUGUCAUAACCUCUACGAUGGAGAUCGAUUAUCCCUCCUCCUGGACAUUGUUAGGAACAACAUGUGUGCUAACAAAGAAACCAAUAUAUCGCUAGAGCGUUUGUGGGUGCUUGGUUUGGCUUGCAAGGCUCUCCUCAACAUUUUAAAGGCUGGCGUGGAUCAAGAAGGUAUGGAGAAGAUUGUAAAGAGUGGCGUACUACCAUCAGUGGCUAAUCUAGGUUGUCAGGGGACUGGGUUUAGUAAACACUGGCUGUUACGUGAUUUAGAGAUUUUGAGUUGGAAGCUGUAUAAAGCAGAAGGUACUCCCCAUGACGUCGGAGAAGAAGUGAAAGAUGCGCCCAAUGAAAACAAAGAUGUGUCUAUUGCGCAGCAGAAACCGGCUGAUGUUGUGCCGAAGUCACCACUGGAUGGACUGGACGAAGAAACUAAACUCUGCAUGGAAACAAUUCAUGACGCUUUAAAGUGUCCCUACCCUAUACUACGGGCGAUAUACGAACACAAUGGUCAGGACAGAGAGAAACUCUUAGAAGAAGUCCAAAGAAGUUUUGAUGGAACGGCUGGUUGUAUUAUUCGAGCAUCCAAUGAGAUAAGAGAGCUGGCAAAGAAAUGGGAAAAGAAAGAAGAUGAUGCAGAAUCCGAAGCUUUCCCAGCGGUCGAUUCAUCCAUCGAUGUGGGUAUUCUAAAGUUUCAGCCACAAAAAAUCGAAUUUAAAGAACUGCAAGCCAAACCAGAAGGUGGAGAUAACCCUAACAAGUUAAUUUCAUCACUGACUGAGGAGGAAAUCAAUGAGACCAUGUCCCGACAAAAGAGAAUGAAGUCGAGCGAACUUUUAAAGAAAGAAAUGGAACUUACACAGAGAGAGAAUCCACGACAGUUUGCGGAGAAGGUUAGUUAUGCCGUUGCUGUUGGUUACAGCCGUCACUUGAUCGGGUGGCUAUUUGCACGAUGGAGAGAAUCGGACGAUAUAAUGAGUGCCAUGUUGAAAGAUAUGGAACCUCAAAACAUCGUUGGAUUGUUGGAUCUUAUACAGAGUGUGGAAAGUAAAGAACACUUCCAAAAGGUGGUGUUCAACUUCAUCCGUUCUUGCAAUAUCCCACUUGCUCUAUCUGCUGUUCAAUGUAUGAGCGAAGUUCGUCUCGCGACUGAAACUAGAGAAUCAGACCACAAGUACAAAAACAAUGCUAAAAUAGAGGACAAGGUCCAUAUCCCUGGUGCGACAAGCUUAUUUAUUCGCUUUGAUGAUAGGUGUUCUACAGAAUAUAGUUGCGAUGAGCUUGUCUUGUCGUCGUCACCAAACUAUCUACAAAAUAGACGUGUUUUCAGUGGAGCAACAGACUGGCAAGAUUUUGAAAUGCCAGGAGAUACAGUAUUCUAUCGAUUUACGUCAGACAGUAGCAACAAUGACUGGGGAUGGAAAUUUACUGUGACCGGUGGCCAGUUGGGCAGGUUUGAAACUGGUUGUAGCAUACUCAGCGCGUUACUUGCUCAAGACCUUCAAUUUGCUAGGCGCUUACCCUUGAAACAACUGUGGUCAUGGUUGAUCGUUGUAGCAUGCAAUCAAGUUGGUCAGCAGCGUUUAAUGGCUACUGGUUUGUUGCUAAGGAUAUUACAAAUUUCUUCGGGAGACCCACUCUUAUCAGGAGACGAUGCAGAACCGAGUCCAGAGAAGAACAGGCCUAGCCUUAGUCUACUUCGACCUUUAUGGACGCUGUACACAAAUUCAGUUGACUCUGACACUGGCACAAGCUUAGCUCUAAUAUCUCCAGUCAUUCGAGGGCUAUCUGAAUUGUUCUUGGUUGUCGAGAAUGUUGCACAGGAUUGGGGAGAAGCAGACGAUUUGGUUGCAGGUUUGGCUGCAGACAUUAAACUGAGAAAAUGCUUUUCCAAGGUUGUCAGAUCAAUUGCAGCGAUUGGAGUUGCUAUCAAUUUGCCCAACAAAGCGCUGGAGAUGUUACAAAACGCUAAAGAUAUGCCCCCUCCACCUCCCAGUGCUAAGAAGGUCACUGCAUCAAAACAAAAUAAGAGACAUAUGUCAACUAUUCAACUGCGUAUCACUGGCGACGAAGGAAGUGAGGACGAUUCUGACGAGGAUAUGCUUUUAGACGACGAUACGACACAAGAUGAAGACGAUGAUGACGACGGCGAUUCAGAUUCUAGCUCUGAUCUCUCCCAUCCUGAGGGUCCCCCAUAGUUUGUUGUUAUGUUAUAAAUAUUAUUAAAUCUUUCCUUGUGAGCGUCUCCCGCAGAAACUAGGGAUGCCUUGGAGCGUUCUAAAGUUUAGAAUGAGCUAUGUAUCCCUUUGAUGCUCUGUGCAACUCACUGAUUUUGAAAAUUACAAGCCAUUUCUUAGCGCUUUUAUUAAAUAAGGUCCAUGAUGUGACCUUCGUUAAAACGUUCUGCUGAUGCAAAAGAAAAAAUUGUAACCUAAAGGUAUGAAUCAAAUUUUAAGCAAUAAUUUUAGAAAAAUAAAUUCUUCAAAUUUCGCAGUGGAAAAUAAAAUUAGCAGAACAACAAGUAAAUCUUUACAACUUUCCUUUCCUCAGAAAGAAAAAAAAACUUCGGCGUUCACCAAAAUAAAUUCUGAUUUUUUAUGACCUUGGGACGGUAAAAAAAUUAAAAUAACACCCAUAGGGUAAAUUCUGAUUCGGACUUUCUUUAUUUAAAGACACCCUAAAGGCGUAACCUAAAAGUUUGUUUGUUUUUUCAGUAUUUUUUGUUAGUCUUAAAGUGAAGAAAUUUUAGUUGUUAAAUGUGUUUUUGUGAAGAAAUUUUUAUACUCCAUCGUUAUAGCAA